AUGUCAGGGGUUUGGGUGUUCAAGAACGGCGUGGUGCGUCUAGUGGACGGCGCAGAGGCGAUGGAGGGUGGACGUCUAGGGUCAGGCGGACGACGUAAGGUGUUGGUUCACACAGCGAGCAAUGAGAUUAUCACCUCUUACGCCGUUUUAGAGCGAAAGCUUAGUUCUUUGGGGUGGGAGCGUUACUAUGAUGACCCUGACUUGCUUCAGUUCCACAAACGCUCCACCGUUCAUCUUAUCUCUCUCCCUAUGGAUUUCAAUAGGUUCAAGUCCAUGCACAUGUAUGACAUCGUUGUCAAGAACAAGAACUCCUUUGAAGUUAGGGACAUGAUGAUGUAG